AGGCUGGUCUGUGAUUACUUGUGGCACUCACAGACGGUUGAUUUGUGUUGUCUGGGUGGACUGCAGCAUCUUGUAGCUCCGCCCUCGAUUAUUCAGCCUGGUCGACGUGCGGUUGCUGCGCAGCGCGUGAAGGCAGAAGCGUCCGACUCGUAUCGGAGGGAGACUGGAGGAGCUCCGGUUAGUCUCGUAUCGGAAAAUACGUUCGCUGCAGUUUUACACACUGCAACCUCUGGUUUAAAACCACCGCAGUUUCUUGUCAGGUUUGAUCAAGAGGAGGGGCAGCGGAGAAAGGGAUAUAAACAGGGGUUUCUCACGCUGCGAGAAGUUUGUACGCGGAGUUUUAAGAGUAGUUUCGGGUGGGCUGACUGAGCUAGCCUGGCUGCCCUCUGCGCGUCCCUCCUGUCCCGACCAGCCAGCCAUAAGUUAGCCCGCUGCCCUGGUCUUCUUCCAGCUGUGGUGAAUCAUGGCGCUCAGAGCCAAGGCGCUGUACGACUUCAACUCUGAAAACCCCGGGGAGGUGUCGGUGAGGGAAAACGAAGUCCUAACUUUGUACAGCGAACAGGACAUCGAUGGCUGGUUUGAGGGGGCGAACAGCAAAGGAGAGAGGGGACUGUUCCCCGCUUCCUACGUGGAGAUCCUGAGGAACGACGCCGCCUCCACGUUCAACAACAACAGCUGCAGCACAUCUGGGGACACUUACCCGGACUCCCGAUACGCCAACGUCCCAUCCGGAGGUUUUGACGGCUCUCAGAAGAAAGUUGAGAACUUUUCUAAACCGUCUCCGCCUGGUUUCACCUCUUUCUUAGCCCCCACACAACAACAACAGCAGCAGCAUACGUAUCAACAGCCCAGCCAAGGGAGCGAUGACGACUGGGAUGAUGACUGGGAUGACAGCUCUACUGUUGCAGAUGAGCCAGGGACUGUAGGAGGAAGGUAUCGUGACUUUGAAGGCAAUGGGCCAUCCACUUACAGAGUGUCUACAUCCUCAAUGUCAAGAGGUAAUGCACAGCAAGCAAAGAGCUCUGCCACAGUCAGUAGGAACCUGAACAGGUUUUCAACCUUUGUGAAGUCAGGAGGAGAGGCGUUUGUGCUCGGGGAGGCAUCAGGCUUUGUGAAGGAUGGGGAUAAGAUCUGCGUGAUAAUGGGUCAGUAUGGUCCUGAGUGGCAGGAGAACCCAUACCCAUUCGCGUGUACAAUUGACGACCCUACUAAACAGACCAAGUUCAAGGGUAUGAAAAGCUACAUCUCCUAUAAGCUGACACCCACCCACACUCAGAACCAGGUGAACAGGAGGUAUAAGCACUUUGACUGGCUGUACGCUCGGCUGGUGGAGAAAUUUCCUGUUAUCUCAGUGCCACACAUCCCAGAGAAGCAGGCCACGGGGCGCUUUGAGGAGGACUUCAUCUCCAAGAGGAGGAAAGGCCUCAUAUGGUGGAUGAACCACAUGACCAGCCACCCUGUCCUGGCCAGGUGUGAUGUUUUCCAGCACUUCCUCACCUGCAACAGCACAGACGAGAAGGCCUGGAAGCAGGGUAAGAGGAAGGCAGAGAAGGACGAGAUGGUUGGAGCCAACUUUUUCCUCACUAUCAGCACCCCUGCAGCUCCGCUCGACUUCCAGGAGGUCGAGAGCAAAAUAGACGGAUUCAAGACUUUCACCAAAAGGAUGGACGACAGCACCUUGCAGCUCAACGCCACUGUCAAUGAGUUUGCCCGCAAGCAGAUCAGUGGCUUUAAGAAAGAAUAUCAGAAAGUGGGGCUGUCAUUCAAGUUCCUCAGCCAAGCCUUUGAAAUGGACCAGCAGGCGUACUCUGCUGGACUCAACCAGGCUAUCUCCUUCACUGGGGAGGCGUAUGAAUCCAUUGGAGAGUAUUUUGCUGAGCAGCCCAGCAAGGAUCUUGACCCCAUCACGGAUUUGUUAGCUCUUUACCAAGGACACCUGGCAAACUACCCAGACAUCAUCCAUGUCCAGAAAGGAGCCCUGACGAAGGUGAAAGAGAGCCAGAAGCAUGUGGAGGAGGGCAAGAUGGACCGGGCACAUGCCGAAGGCAUCGACGAGCGCUGCAACAUCAUCUCCUGUGCCACACUGGCUGAGAUCCAGCACUUCCACCAGAUCCGCGUGCGCGACUUCAAGGCACAGAUGCAGCACUAUCUACGGCAGCAGAUCGCCUUUUUCCAAAAAAUCACAGGAAAGCUAGAGGAGGCUUUGCAGAAAUAUGACAACGCGUAAUAGAUAGCUUGUCUCGUCUCAGCCUGUGGGUUUAGACCUUGAUGAUCAAUGACCAUGCACCUCCCUGCCAGUGGAGUUUUGGCAAACAACAGCUAGUACCACAUAGUGCUGAAUGCUAUUCAUCCAGCAGGGAGGGACAUUCAAGGAGAUUAUGCUCCAGUAAUAAUGAAAUUUCAACCAAAUCCAGGUUUCUGUGUGUGUUGGCCACAUUGUUUAGGGGACUGGAUGUCCUUGUUUAAGAGAGUACAUGUAAUUUAAUGAAAUUAGUCUCAUGCCUUUUGAUUUAAUGAGAAUCAGUGAUAAUGAUGGUGCACCACUUUGUCUGGUGCGUUGGUGAAUUAAAUCUAAUCAGUGUUAUGACCUGCAGAGAGAGAACCUUCCACUGCUACCUACACACCCGGUGCAAGAUUUCAUGUAUCAAGUGUUUUUAGCCUUGAAAACACUGUUUUUAACUGACUGUUAAAAGUGACUGCCACUCCAGGAGCUGCGUUGCUCCAGUAGCUAACACACUGCCUUCUGGAAACACACAAGGCCUUCCUGGUAUCUCUCUCCUCGGACAAACAGGAGGAAAUGCUUACAGUCUCCUCGCUGAGCAGUUACAGUCACCGCUGUCUCGCUGUGCCUUCUGAUUACGUUUCUCUGGUUUUUGUUACUAGUUACUAAAAAGCUUUAUAUACUGUAUAUGUAAAGAUAUAUCCUAUUUGUUUUUACAAAGCUACAAAUUUUGCAGUCUUUGAAAAAAAAAGAAAGUUUUUUAUGGGAGAUAAUAUUGUUUGAUUGUGCUGUUUUUUUCCCCAGUGGUCCAAGGAUUAAUUUUCAGCACUCACAGUGUGACAAAAUCAGGAUCAAGAGAGGAUUACCGGCUUUGACAUAAGGAACCCAUGCCUUACACAUGGCACAGCCAGCACUGGUGCUGAUUUAAGCUUGCAGAAUUUAAGGGACACUAUAAUGGACACUAUAAUGGACACUUGCUAUGCCGUAUACCUGAAUUUGUGUCAACAAAAAUGUUGGUUUUCAGGCUUAGUUUUGGGGUAGUGUUCAGAGGCAGGCUGUUAGAAGGUAAAGGGUUCCUCACCUAUUUUAACAAUGCAGUCUUUUUAAUAGUACACUUCAACUGUACUGCUGUUUUAAACCUUUAUGAUGUUGGUUGCAUCAUGAAGAGAUUAACAUAGAAGCAGAGACACAAAAUAAAUUCCUCCUUCACAGAAA